UUUCUUCUCAUCUUUGCAAUGGCUAACCCAAACUCUCUCCCUCUACAUGAAAGAUUCGAGCACAAAAACACUUUGCACAAAGUCAUGGAGUUUAUAAUCCUCUUCCUCCUCCUCUCACUCCUUGUUUAUCGUCUCCUCUCUUUCAACAACAAUGGUUUCACUUGGCUUAUUGCAUUUCUAUGUGAGCUCUCCUUUACCUUCAACUGGAUCAUCACCAUCAGCAACAAAUGGAAUAUUGUUGAAUACAAAACAUACCCAGACCGCCUCUUACAACGGGUGGCUGAGCAUGAACUUCCCCCAGUGGACAUGUUUGUGACCACAGCAGACCCAGAGCUGGAACCACCUAUUAUUACCAUAAACACUGUGCUUUCUCUGUUGGCUUUGGAUUACCCAGCAGACAAACUAGCUUGCUAUGUGUCUGAUGAUGGUUGUUCCCCUCUCACCUUCUACUCGCUUGUGGAAGCAUCAAAGUUUGCCAAGCUUUGGGUUCCAUUUUGCAAGAAGUACGAUGUUCAAGUUAGAGCUCCUUUUAGAUACUUCUCCAAUAAUAAUACCAUGUUUACUGGAAAUAAAUCAAACGAAUUCAAGCGAGAAUGGAAAACACUGAAGGAUGAGUAUGAGCAGCUUAGCCGCAAAGUUGAGUAUGCGGUGGGCAAAUCUAUUCCAUUUGAUCUUAGCGGAGACUUUGCAGUUUUCUCAGAUAUAGAGGGCAAUAAUCAUCCAACAAUCAUCAAGGUUGUAUGGGAGAACAAGGUAGGUGCUUCAAAUGGACUGCCACAUUUGGUUUAUAUAUCCAGAGAAAAGCGGCCAAAGCAUCCACAUCAUUCCAAAGCCGGGGCCAUGAAUGUUUUGACUAGAGUGUCAGGGUUGAUGAGAAAUGCUCCCUUCAUGCUGAACGUAGACUGUGACAUGUUGGUCAACAACCCAAACAUGAUGUUUCAUGCAAUGUGCAUGUUGCUGGGAUCCAAGAACGAAACGGAAAAUGCAUUUGUUCAAUUCCCACAAACCUUCUACGACGGACUCAAGGAUGACCCGUUUGGCAAUCAGAUGACAGUUUUGUGGAAGUAUGCCGGGCGUGGAAUAUCAGGAAUUCAAGGCCCUUUUUAUUUAGGAACAGGAUGUGUUCAUAGACGAAAAGUUAUCUAUGGUCUCUCUCCAAAUGAUGUCAAGAUGACUAAUGAUUUGCUUAAAACUUUUGGAAAUUCAAAAGAAUUCACCAAAUCAGUAGAUGAUGCUUUGCAAGGAAAGACAGAAUAUCCGGACAUGCUUUCAAAAUCCAUGGAGGCUGCACACCAAGUUGGAGAUUGUGGGUACGAGUAUGGCACCAAUUGGGGUAAAAAGGUGGGGUGGAUGUAUGGAUCAACAACAGAAGAUAUCCUCACUGGGCUUUCAAUCCAUAAGAGAGGUUGGAGAUCUAUUAUUUGUUCACCAGACCCACCAGCUUUUCAAGGGUGUGCUCCAACUGGUGGGCCUGCUUCCAUGACCCAACAGAAGAGGUGGGCCACAGGCCUGCUUGAAAUCCUGCUCAGUAAAAAUUGUCCCGUAUUUCAUACUAUAUUUGCAAACCUCAAAUUUAGGAUGUUCUUAGCGUACUUCUGGGUCUUUUCUUGGGCCCUACGCUCUGUUCCUGAGCUAUGCUAUGCUGCGCUGCCAGCUUACAGUAUCAUCACCAACACACAUUUCUUGCCCAAGGGCCAGGAACCAACCUACUAUAUACCAAUAGCUCUGUUUGUGCUUUACCAUGUGUACACUUUAUCGGAGUAUCUUCAAACCGGUCUAUCAAUCCGGGCAUGGUGGAACAACCAAAGAAUGGGAAGAAUAACCCCAAUGAGUGCUUGGUUAUUUGGAGUUAUUGGUGUCAUACUCAAACUCUGCAAACUCUCAGGCAGAUCAGAGACAGUGUUUGAAGUCACAAGAAAAGACCAAUCUACUUCAACUGAUGAAGGAACUGAAGCAGGCACAUUCACAUUUGACAAGUCCCCAAUUUUUGUGCCUCCCACUACAAUUUUGCUGGUGCAGUUAACAGCCCUGGCUACUGCUUUGUUUGGGCUGCAACCACCAGCUCAUGAUGGGCUCGGGUCAGGCCCGUUAGAGGUUGUGUGCAGUGUGUGGUUGGUGCUGUGCCUGUGGCCAUUUUUGAAAGGGCUGUUUGGUGCUGGGAAAUAUGGGAUUCCCUUAUCCACCAUACUCAAGUCUGCUGGUUUCACAUUACUGUUCUACACUUUGUGCACAAAUAUGUGGCUACCAUCUCAUCCUUUCUAAGCCCUCUUUGAACCCCAAAUUUUGCUAGGGUUUUUUAAAAUCUCAUUGUGUAAGUGAAGGGAAAUGACACAGUUGAAGAUGUUAAUCGAAGUCACUGAGAGUGGUGUGGGCACUGAGAAUCUCUGAGUUGAAAGAGAAACCAGUUGGAGAUGGUGCUGUUUAUUGGAA